AUGAAGUUCAGCUCCAUUGUCAUUUACCUUUCUGCAACGAUCGGGGGCUCUUUAGCCGCAGCCAUCAACGAACGUCAAACCCCAGGCCAAGCGCCCCCGACACCCAAGGUCAUCCCUGUCGUAGUUGGCAGCCCGACCCGUGAGAAAUCAGUCUCAUUCUAUCCCGAGGUCGUCAGGGCCAAUCCCGGCGACAUCGUCCAGUUCCAAUUCUGGCCCAACAACCACACCGUUACUCAAGCCGCCAGCACCCAGGCGCCCUGCAUGCCUCUCCAAGAUCAGAAUCCGAAUGCCGUUCACUCAGGAUUCAUUCCUGGUGUUACUGAUGGAUCUCCCGUCGGCACCUUCAAUGUGCAGGUCGAGAACACCGACCCGAUGCUCCUGUACUGCGCGACGGGGAUGCAUUGCCAGUUGGGAAUGGUCAUGAUCAUCAACCCUCAGGCGGAUGCGGAUGUGCAGGCCUACAAACAGGCUGCUGGACAGUCGCAGGGCAACGUACCGGCCAAGAACGUAGCAGGUGGUGUUGCAGGCAGGAUUCCUUCAAAUUUGGCCGUUCCUCCUGUUGUCUAA